AUGUAUUACACUGCUUACUGAGACAUCUGGUACCUGCUUUCCGAUCUUCGUGACAAGAACACAGUUUAUCUAGGUUUACCUACAUAUACAUGAGUAUACGUAUUUGCUGCAUCAACCAUGCCAUUUUUGUCAUGAUUAGCCAGACCACUGUCUAUAUUAUACUUAUUUAAGGAUCUCUGAAAAUAAUGGUCAAGCGAUAAUUGAAGUUGCGUGAAGUUAUUACCUCUUCAGGACAUUGUUUGCAUUCUUGAUACUCCUGAGAGGUCCUUAGAUAGUAAUUUGGCAUGAAUUCGUUGAAUUCAGCAAAUAAAUCCACUGCUAUAUCAUUUCUUUCCUGAGCUGUAAUCAUUUGUGUUGUCAGUUAUCUCUCCAAUUUGAUAAAACGCCCACGGAAAUUCAGAACUUAACCAAGCAGCAAAAUGAUGUUUGAAAUUACCUCAACUCGAAUGACAAACUGGCCAAUCACAAGCGAGCGAAUCGCUUGUUUAUCUCAUUCGCGGUCACUCAAAAUUACGUCCGUCGACAGGCUGCCUUGAAUUUUUGCGCACAUUAUGUCAUUGACGUAACUGGACAAUUGCUUGACUGUUUUUAAAAUGCAACAACAGGAUCAAUUUAGAGUGGCGGUUGUUGGUGGAGGCGUUGGUGGUGCAAGCUCAGCGUAUUAUUUACGACAGUUAUUUGGUAAUAAGGUUUCUAUUACACUUUUUGAACAAUCUGGACGUAUUGGUGGUCGAAUGAAAACAGUACCUUUUUGUGGGGAUAUGUGGGAAUCAGGAGCAAGUGUUUUUCAUUCUAGUAAUCAUUAUAUGAUGUCAUUUGCUAAAAAAUUCAAAAUUCCUUUCAGUCGUCUUGGUGAAGCUGAUCGGCGUAUAUUUUUCUAUGGUGAACAAUAUAAAUCAAUAUUUUCUAAUAUUAAUGACAGCUUUACAUUUCUAACACCAUUCCGUUUAUUUUGGCAUUAUGGAGUAAGCAUACUCAACGGAAGACUAUAUACGGCGUCUAAAGUUGAACUAUUCACCAGGAUAUAUAGCUUACAAAAUAAUGGUAAUUGUUACACUACUCCAGCAUUACUUUUGAAGGCAUUAUCUGAAGACUUUGUAGAAAUGACAAAGUACACUUAUGCAGAUUGGUUGCGUAAAAAAUUGAGAGUUGGGGAGAAGUAUAUAAAUGAAUUCGCAUUUGGCAUACUUUCAAACAAUUAUUGUCAGAGUUUGGAUACUCAUGCCUUUGUUGGUUUGAUAUCUUCAGCGUGUACAGUAUCUGACGUAUUCACUAUUGAUGGAGGAGUUGAACAAAUUCCACAAAAAUUAGUUGAAACCGCCUUAGCCGAUAAUCCAACUGAUGCACCAAAACAGUUAGUACACGCUACUGUCAAAAAGAUCACGAGAAUGGAUAAUAAUCGAUUAUGCUUGUCCUAUGAGUUAGCUGAUACAAAGCAGACUGAAGAAUCUUCAUUCGACUAUGUAAUUUUAUCAAUGCCACUGCAUCAAGAAUCUAAACUGGCUACAUCUGAUGAUAUAAAGUUGCCUCAAAUAAAAUAUCAUGAAAUGUGUCGAACACUUUUAACUGGUAGCAUCAAUUAUUCACUGUUUGGCUUGCCUCAAAAACCUUUGGGAGAUAAUCAAAUUGUAUCGUUUCUUCCGGUGGCAAAUUAUUAUACACAUGAAAAACAUCCUAUCCGAAGUAUUAUGCGUUUACCAGUUAAGUCUAAAGACUCCAAAGAGGCUAUUGAUGGUAUUUGGAGUAUAUAUUCUGAACCAAAAGAUUUUCCGGAUGCAAAGUCUGCAUUAUCGAAAUUACUCUUAGAAAAUCCGAAUGAUGAACACAAUCGAAUUGAUGUUGUCCGAUGGUUAGCGUAUCCAACUUAUCAUCCUGUGGUAAGUGAAUACAUUGUUGGUUAUACGUUUAUAAUCUGAUAUUUGCUCACCUAUUGCCCGUCAAUGAAGGCGAUGGACGACUAAGCAUGCAUGCACAACUCGCAAUUGAUGCAGUUUCACAGACUGACCCUUCUUACUUAACACUCUAUGCGUAACCUGAUCUUGCUCAUCAGAUUAUACCAUUUAACACAGGCGACAGAAUUCAGACAUCUGUGAUCAAAGACGGCUAGCCUUAUCAUAUCUUCCACUUUCGAUAGCCACGUCUCCCAAUUCAUUCAGGGAGGACAGAGCGAACUAGUUCUCACAUUUGCACAUGUUCUUUGAUUGGAAGCCGGAUAUCACAUCUACGCCGAAAAUGAAGUGAUUCGGCGGUGUGUACCUACCGCUGAGGAGUCCCAAACCAUGCUGAUGAAACAACUGUCCAAUGGUUCUCUAACCUACGUCAGCUCAUGAUGAAAUCUUUCAACCAAUCAAACAGAAUCCCUACAAAUCAAUACUUGAAUCUGGAUUGUAUUCAGUGACUUCGCUUAAAAGGGACUGUAUCAUCCGCAUACUGUAAGUCAUCUCGAUUAUUCCUAGGUGGGAAAUGAUUCUGUAGGCCGCUAAUAUGUCAGUAAUGCGUCAGUGAAUUCUUAUUAACAAUACUGAUCCGUACACUGAACUAGGAGAGUUCAAAUUAGCUCCAGGUGUUUAUUAUCCUAAUGCUAUUGAAUUAGCUGCAUCAUGUAUGGAAAUGGCUAUCAUCGGUGGACGUAAUGUAGCUCUUAUGAUUGCCAAUGAAAGAAAGUCAUCAACUGUCAGUGAUGAAAAUACACCGUUGUACACAAAAUUAUCCAACUAUGUGAAUAGUCUGUUCUCUAAUCAAUAGUGUUUAUCUAUGAAAUCCGUGAAAUGAUGUUUUCCUUCUCUCUGUGUAUUUUUGCUUCAUAAUAUGAUUAACUUUGUAGUUUUUCAAUUAGAUGAUGAUGAGUAACACUCACGGAAACUUCCCGGUUGUCAUUUUUUGCUGUUUUGUAUCACUGGGAUUAUGAUGAAAUGAUUCAGUCCGAGUGAUUUUUGUAUGAAAUUGUACUUUCUCUUUUACCCCGUACCUUUUAUAUUCACAGUAGUGUGUUAAAGGAUGAAUUUUGUUUCAUAUCUCUAUUAGAAGAAUAUAAUUACAAAACGAAUACUGCUCAGUAGUUCUUCUUUCUUAAAUUAC